UUCUCUCUCUCUCUUCUAUUAUUUCUCCCACUUCUCUCGCUCGUGUCCCCUGGACCGGUUUUUUUUAGGUUGUUUUAAUUUGCCAAUACUAUCCUGAUCGGAUUCUAUCCGUUCAGCAAUUCCCAAAUUCUAGUCCACGCCAUCCACCGUGGUCAUUGCUGCUGCACGCUAGACGUGCUGCCCCGUCCUGGGCUGCAGGCGAUCCUCUCUGGCCACCUGGAAAAGGUUUCUUUUUUCUUUUUUCUUUUUUUUCUUGUUCGGCUUCUUUCUUGGUCUCGAUUGUUUACGCCUUCGAUCAUUAAUUAACCCACCCUGGCUGGAACGUCGGCUUCUCCCCUCCUCUCCGACGGCCUUUUUUUUUUUCUCUUGCUCCCUCCCCUCUCCUCUGAACCCUCCUAUAUCGUGCCGAUUUACUGGAUAGUCGUCUCUCGCACGGUUCGUUGUUGAAUCUUGGAGCCUUCGUGGGAUCGACUGAGUCUGUAAAAGAGACGCGAUCUUGACGGCGCCUGUGGACAUUGUCUCCCACAUUCCCCACCGGUUAUCGAUUCGUCGCGCCUGCUAGCGGAGGGCAUUCGGAGACCCCAACCAAAAUGCCCUUCUUCACUCGUGUUUUCCGGGGCAAGGACGCCAAUUCUACGAAGAAGGCGACCAAAACCCCCGUGGCGGAGGAAACUGGUCCCGCGAAGCCAACAUGGACUGACGCGUGGCAACGAACCGAGGUGGCCCCCGAGGAAGUUCAGGAGCUACUCCGGGGCUGUACUCAAGAACUGAAGUCGCGAGCUCUACAAACGCCCUUCCUUCUCUUGCCCUUCCGUCCCAGUUCCGAUUCCACGGCCGCUCGCACCUUCAUUCGCAACUACUUCAACCAGUCAGUCGAGAAAGGCUCGCCUCUCGGUGGUGAUGCCCUGGCGCGAGAAUUACGGCUUUCGGACCCCAUGGUGAGCGGAAUACCCCCCCCCCCCCCACACCGAACAAGCGCCAUGAGGUUUUGGAGGAUAUCCCUUACACAUCAUACAGGUCCUUUGCGGUGUGAUGAAGUGGUGUUGGGCUAGACUGCCUGGCGGAGUCGUUACUUGGGAGGCAUACGAAUUGUUCAAAGUCGGCGAGCAAGAUGCUCAAUUCGCCCGCGAUGCCUUCACGACAUUCAUCCCAAUCAGUGUUGAUUCAGACGCCCGGACCAAGAUCAUCUUCGAUUUCUUCGACCUCUUGACGGCUAUCGCAGCCCACGGAAAGUCAAAUGGCCUUGGAGGUCGAAAGCUUUCUAGAUACGCCGGGUGGUGGGCCUUUGAGCAUACGGACAUGGGCAAUGGCUUUGAAGCCGCUUACAAGAACUGGAUGGCGUACGUGGGCAUCCUUGAGCCCUCCCUUGGGGAUCGCCCGGAUUCCCAGGAAGUAAAUCGUUGGCUAAUUUGACAUCUAGUGCUGCGGACGCAACGAGCCACCUCUUCUUCGCCUACCUGCGCUCGAUGUCUCCGGAGGCCCGAGGGAUGGGCAGCAUCUCCACCCUACCUAUUGCCUUGCAGACUUUGGUUCAAGCCACGGAGUACCCGCCGGAGAUGCCCGCCCUUCUCCAGGUCUCGACUACUAGAGUCGUCAUGAUCGUUGACACGGUCUCGCCUACCCCCUUUGCUCUUCUCCGGCGCGCAAAGAACUUCGAGUACCGAGACAGCGAUCACCAUCUGCAGGAAUUCUCUAAUCUCGAGGACCCCCUUCGUGCUCUGACCGAUGAGUGUCUCCGCGUGCUGAAAUGCAUUUCUUCCACCAAUCAAUCCAGCGAAGUGGAUCCGACCAAGUCUGCCCGGGAAGCUUCGUGGUCGAGAUUUGAGGAUUUCGGUUUCGGUGGUGCCCUGGAGGAUGACGUGGAUGAUGCAAAGGGACCUGGCUCGAGGAAAGAAUUCGGGGAUGGUCUGCGUUCCGCUCCGCAGUCCGGCGGAGGUGAUCUGGGACGUCCCACCACCCCAUCAUGGGCAGACUUCAUGUCAUCAGGCUUCAGUGACGAGAAUGUCUUCAAGUCUCCUGUUGCUCCCGUGCUACUUCCCCCGGACAAGGUCCUGCCUCCUAUUGCAACUGUUCGCGGCCAGAGUUCGCAGUCUCAUAAGCGUACCCUAGAUACUGAAACUUCUAUGGAUCCGGGUGAGCUGGCAAGUAUCACCACUCUUGACCUCGAUGACUCUUUCUGGUGGGUAUGGAUCAGCAGUCUUGCGGGUGAGGAGUCGCCGCUGCGCAAAGCAGUGUUCGGACGGUGCGCACUUCUGGAGACUAUCAUCAAGGGUGCCAAAUGGCUUGUUCUAGAGGAGCAGGUCAAGGGCGCAGCCCCGGAACCCGAGCCUGGCGCGCACAUCGUCGAGAAGAAGAGCUUCUUCGGAUUCUCGACGCGCAAAAGGCUUGGGCGCCGCAAGUCUUCGGCUAAGAAAGUUAACGCGGUCGAAGAUGCCUACAAAAGACCUGAUAACCAGGCGCCACAGAGCAAGACUAGCAUUGCUCCUGACCAGCAUGCGCGCAUUCAGGCUGCUGCUGCCGCUCUCCAGAGAAAGCAUCGGGAGCAAGAGUCUGCGAACGGAUCUCAAACAAAUCUCGCAAAUAAUCGCUACUCGACCAAGACUAACUCUGUCCUGACCUUGCAACCUGGCAUCGUGAACGAGGCCUCGCAGGCAAUGAAAUGGGCUAACAACUACGACAAGAAUGCUUACCGAAAGGCAUAUCUAAGCAAUGACCGUGCGGGAACCGGGGCCGCGUCCGACAGCAUGAGGGAACUUGCACGAGACGACGUGCCGCCAUCGCCGACGACUAGUACCCGCCAGGCUCCUCCGCCAUUGCCGAAGGAUUCAGCUCCUAGCUCCCCAGCACCUAGGGCGUCCAAAGAGGUUCCCGAGGAGACCUCCAGCACCCGUAACAAUAGCACGAGUGACCCAUUAGCCGCCGAAUCGAUCCCCAAGAAAUCCAUGGAAUCGGCAGACGAACCGGGCCGGAAGUUGAAGAAGAAGGCCGGAAAUACGGGAUUCAAGGGCCUGUUUGGGACGGUCAAAAAGAAGAAUAUUCCCGACACCGAACCGAGACCACCUAUGAAACCAACUGGCGCCGAGAAGUCUGCCGUCGCCUCGGCUCGCGCCGCUCUGGAGAGCAAGGCCAUGGCUGCGCAGCAGCAACCCCCUCGGUCUUCCCCUAAGGGCCCCUCGACUCUGAAGAAGAAACCUGUUCCUGGAACGCCAACUGCUGAGUCUCGGGAGGCUAGCGCGGAUUUGGCUACUACACCGCGGGCACCGCAAUCACCCCAGACGCCUGAAAAACAGGAAACCAAGCACACCGAAACCGAAGACCAAUCUCAAGAGACCAAGGAGCCUUCCCAUGAGGCCCCCAGCCCGCCUAGCACCAACGGUUACCACGGCAGAAGCCGGCGGGAAGCCGAAAUCGAUGCUCUCUCACGCGUCGACACCAAUGAAAGGGCAGCAGCUGACCGUGAAUUUUCGAGGUUUGAUCAGGGACCCUUGAUGGAACAACCGGCAUUUGUCCCAGAGGAUUCGCCGGUCUCUCCAAACUUCCCGGAAAAGAAAGACCCAGCCGCAGCCGCGUCUGAGGUUCCCACAGAGCCCGAGGCCAACGACGCUGAGACCAGCGGUCCUAGUCCACAGACCAAUCCCUCCUAUGAUCGCUGGGCCCAGAUCCGCAAGAACGCCGCGGAAAGAGCUCAACAAGGUCCGGUCCCCGGCGAGCAGACCCGUCCCACUGACGCUGAUGACAGCGAUGAUACCAGCGAGGAAGAGAGCUUUGAGACUCGUGCCGCUCGUAUCAAGGCCCGUGUUGCCGAGCUGACCGGCAAUAUGCAAGCCUAAUCUAUCUCCCUUGUUCCUUUCUCUCUUCCCAAGUCCGAUUCUACUUCGUCCGAUCUGCGUUUCCACCUUUUUGAUACCUUAGUGCCUGUUCAGUUCUAUGGAAAAUUUUCAACCCUUCCCCCUUUAAUCCCUUGUAUUUCAGGAGAUCCCUUUCCGAAUCCGUGCAGGCUCGAGCCCGGAUACGUGUCUCCUCGUGUUCAUCCAAUGGUGGCUUUAAUGCGCUUUUCAACCUUCAUCGCAAUCGUGAAGAAGGACCAGACCACCAUAUUCUCUUAUGCUUGUUCCUUGUUCCCCAUUGUUCCUCUACGCCGUUCAGCUUGUUCUAUUCCCCAUUCGCUCGUGCUGACUGCCUUGUUUUUGCCCGAUAUCUGUUUAAUUCUGCUUCGUCUUUUUUUUUGUUGGUGUUGUUGAUAUAUGCAAUAUACCUCAGCAGACUCUCGCUAUGUAAACCAGAUCAAUCAAUCAAUCAGUUAAUCAGUUAAGCGUACAUCGUUGUAAUUGGUUCUCAAGAUAAGGUCGGCAUGUGGAGUAGUUCUCUCAGCUCCUUUCACAAUGUGAGAACCUAAGGGACAAUUCCGGAUGGACUCAGGCAU